UAUAUAAACUCGGAGGAUCGGCACCGCCAGCACGACAGUCGCCACGUAGUCGCCCUCGUGGACUGAACAUCGCGCUCGACGGCCGACGAGACAAGCCGACGUCGAUGCUCCAUUAACGAGUGACCGGACUGUCCAAUUUGCAGACGAGAUGACGGCCAGUUCGCGUUCGCCGCCGCUGCUGCUGCUGCUGCUGCUGAGCCUGGGCCUCGUCGGCCUGCUGCGGGCGUCCAAUCCCGUGCCGCACCAGACCAUCGAGGAGUCGCUGCGCGACGCUCUGGACGCGCUCGCGCGGAAGCAGCGCUCGCUCAACGCCAAUCCGCAGGCCUACUAUCAGUACAGGAUGGACGACGGCCAGCUGCAGAGGCAACAGGUCGCCGGGGACGACGAGCAAGACGAGAACGAGGACAAUCUCGCCUUCAUACCGGCUGAGGGAGUAGGUCAGCUGGAGACCAUCGGCAACGGCUACCAACAUCUAAACAACAGGCAGCUGGAAAAAGCUCUGAUGAAUUAUUUGCAGUCCCCAACGGAUCAGAAAGCGCCAGCGAAGUCGAUGUUUCGCGAGCGCGAGCGCAUGAGCGGUAGCAAGAAGCGCAACGCUGGCAACGGAGUGACGUCUCGUUUGAGCGGCGAAGGCUUGGUGAAGCUGUUGCUCGAGCAGUUGGACAGCAGCGCGCCCGACGGUCUGGGCCCUAGCGACGAAGACGAAGGCGAGUAUCAGCGUACGACUUACAAGUACCAAGCGCGCCCUAGCAAUCCUUACGUCAACGAUCAACAGCUGCUACGCGAGAUUCUCGACGCGCAGGAUCGCGACGAGGACGAAGAUCCGCGACAAACGACUUAUCCUCGAUUCCCCACCGCCGAGAGGAGGAACGUGAACGCACUGAGGUAUCCGCUGUUCAAUCGAGACUACAAGAAUUUCAUGUACAAGAGGUUCCCCGUGGCCAAGCGCAGCGCCAAAGCUGCUAGCAGGAAGCGACAGGCUACCGAUCCUAAGGUGGCACAAGACUUGGGUGCGCUGUUCGGCACUCAAUCGGGCGAGCCGGUGAAUCACACCCACAACCACGACCACAACCACCACGACCAUGACCAUGACCACGACCAUGACCACGACGAGCACGAGCACACUUCCGAGUCGUCGUUGGCCAAGGCCUCCAAGAGCGCAAAAGAGACGAACGGCAAAGAGAACGGGACAAAAGAGCGCGCGAUCGAGGUGAAGAAGAAGAGCGUCGACUGGUCGCAGUACUUCGGUAUCGACAGGAGGAAGAAGAAGGCCGCGUACGUCGGAAGACCUGGCAGCCAGCAGCACGACAACGAGUACUUGCUGCAAAAAUACUACGAGAUAAUGGCGGAAAACCUGAACGUCAACAAGGACGCCAGCGAGAAGCGCGACAAGCUGCAGCGGGUGGAUGCCAAGCUACGUAACAUGAAGAACCAGCUGAUCGAGGAGGCGACGCAGAUAAGCGCCAGCGGAAACAUGGACGACCAGGACGUGAAGGACGACAUCCUGUCCAAGCUCGCGACGGCCUACUCCCUCGAGAAGCUACGCCGCGCGCUGCGCGAGCUCAGCGACAGCGCGGCGGCCGAGCGAGCGGCGCAGAGCCAGAACAACCUGACGGCUCACCAGCCGGGGGGCGAGGCCAAGAGCGAGGACAAGCGCUUCAGGAGCGGCAUGGACGAGCUGCAAGCCAUCGAGGAGCAGGCCAACUGUCCGCAGGUCGACAUCGUCGAGAGGCAUUGCAAAGCCACGGAAGCCCUCGUGGGCGAUUACUGGCAGGCGCUGCUCGGCCCGUGCGUCAUGUACCACAUCUGCAACGCUUGCGAGCAGGACGACUGCCUGGAGAGGUUUGCCUUGGAGGUCGAGAGGAUUUGCCGGGAGGAUGAUCUCGAGUCUACGCCGUGGUCUCGCAAGCACUGCGUGCAGGCGGCCAUGCAGCUACCGCGUCAUCCGCCCCCGGUAUUCGCGGAGGCGAUAUGUCGCCUCGAGGGCGACGAGCCGUGCCUCGCGCCCUUCCAAACCCAACGUCAUCGCUCGCGUCAACUCUACGCGGCUCAGCGAUAAGACGGCUUAGAUCAUCCAUGCCUCGAGUAAGAGUUUAUUUUUCCACACCUGGAAUAAGGGAGUAUAUUUUUGUGACGAGUCCUUCACACACUAGUCCUUUCAUUUCGCUUAAUUGGAGAGACAGACUUUGAUAAAGCCAUCGUUGUACCCUCAUUGCCUGCUGAGCUCAUUGUGUUUCGGGGUUUUUAGGACAAUAAUAUAUUAUCGUCUGAUCGACGUGGAUGCAACAAGUUUGCACUGUUCUCCAUUUUUUCGUUUCGAGCACACAAUGAGUGAAGCCAAUGGUGAUUGGGCAGCACAAAUAUAUAGGUGUAAUACUUAAUGUCCUAUAGAGAUGUUAACUACUCUUAACUAUCUGUAAUCGUCCAUAUAGUGAAACAAAUCAGAGUGAUAAACGAAUCAUUUCCAAGGCGAUAAAGAUAUUUGCUCAGCUCGAUUGAUAUGUUUUAUGUGAUGUGUUUUUGGUGGUAUGUAAAGGUGUUUUCAUAUAUACAUAUUUCUUAACGAUUGGAAGUGUAAUAGAGAGGUUUCCUACCUGGAAGUGCAGCUUUGUAUCCUUGAUCAACUCGAGUAUAAUGACAUAUGUUAUGAUACUAGUCGUACAAAAAGAAUUUAAUGCUAAGGGCAUGAGAAUAAAAAAAUUAUUGAUAAAAUGAAAAAUUGAAUAGAUUACUGAUAUUUAUAAAUCUAUAUUAUUAUUAUGCAAUUCUACAAUAAAGACUUCCAAGAUAUUCUCAAAAGUAUUUGUUGCAGGGAACUUUUGAGGCACACAUACACAAAUAUUAUUAUAUGCUGUGCUUUGGCUCUAUGGUUGUACAGCUAAAGUUACUGUUUAUUCAUUCUAAAAAGAUGCUAUAUAUAUU